GAUAAGUUGACGUAUUUCAUUACUAGAAGAUUAUACUGCAGAUAUCCUGAGGAUUAUUAAUCGGACACAAUUACUUAAUAAACAGAUUCUAAGAUUUGACACGAAGAAUAACUUGCCAAUGUGUCUUCAAAGUUCAUCGACGGGCCAUGAGUAGUGAUACUGGCACACAACAAGAUCAAGAAGUUCCUUAUCUAGACAAUAACAAAGUGAUUGAUAAUAAAGAUCGUAGUCCAGAAUCAGCAGAAAACAAAUUAGCAGACAGUGGUAUUGAUAAUAGAAAAAGAAGGGAAAGGGGAUCAGAACUACUUCAAGUUUCAGACGAGCUUUUCCAAGAUCUAAGCCAGAUGCAAGAGACGUGGCUAACAGAAGCGAGUCAGACAGAGGAAAGGGAACAGUAUGUUCCGGGAUGCAAUACUGGAAUCAAGGGAAAUAACUAUGUAAAUCCAUACUUAAAGAUUAAAACUGAGCCUAAAACAAGUACCUGCUGUGGUCCUACUAUACCCAACAGUAUACAGAAAGUGAACAGCACAUCUAAGUAUGACUACGGAGAGAGACGAUAUCUCACAGGAAGUGAUCACACUCCAUCAUCACCAUCGGGGUCGGUGUGCUCAUCAUCGUCAGGAAAGGAAUCUUCCAGUCUGUCACCUUGCAGUAAAGACGUUUCACAAUAUUCUAAUGGGACAGAUUCAUCAUGCACCUACAUGAACAGAUCACCUGAAAGAGUUCCAAGACCAAGCUCAGCACCACAGAAGGGUUAUUUCUCACCUGAUCCACAGACCAAUUAUUGUCGUCUUAUGUCCACGACGUAUGCUCAUCAUUUCUUCAAGCAAGAGUUGUAUGAUAGAAGCUAUGAUAUUUCUAGGAAUCAUGGAUAUUCACAGUUGCCUUCUUCACAAACACCUACAAUUAAGCAGGAACCGAGGGAAUUUACAUUUGACAAUGGUUUUCCUUGUCCCUACGACAAUCCAAUGAGAUUUUUCUGUCACGAGUCAGCUGACUCAUCCUAUUUAGAAAGGUUUAGAGAAAAACACAGGGAGCGAUUUGAAGGAAUUGAAAUGAAAGCUGAUUUUUAUAGAGACUUCUAUUUUGAUCGUUACCAUAGAGAUGGACCACAUCCAACCUAUCAGAGACGAGGGUCAUUACAGUUGUGGCAGUUUUUAGUGGCCUUAUUGGAUGAUCCAGCAAAUUCUGCAUUUAUUGCAUGGACUGGUCGAGGACUAGAAUUCAAGCUUAUUGAACCAGAAGAGGUUGCACGUAGAUGGGGAAUACAGAAGAAUCGUCCAGCCAUGAAUUAUGAUAAAUUAAGUCGAUCAUUGAGAUAUUAUUAUGAAAAAGGUAUAAUGCAAAAAGUUGCAGGAGAACGUUAUGUAUAUAAAUUUGUUUGUGAUCCUGAAGCUUUGUUUUCAAUGGCAUUUCCGGACAAUCAUCGACCGAUUCUGAAAACUGAGUGCUCAAGAGACGAAUAUUUUCGUGACACAAACCAUGGGUUUGAAAAUCAGCCUAUCAGUUUACAUUCAGGACACAUUUCUCAAGGACAUCUACCCCCAAGUCACAUGACACCUGUACAUAUGAUGCCUCCACCUACAUCCACGUCCAAUAUGGCACCGUCAAAUAUGGAGCAGCGGUAUCAUUACAUGCAGGAUAUGCAAAGAGUAUACAGCUCAGGACCUUAUAUGGAAAAUUGUGUGUAUUGAAACUGGCUCAAACAGGGAACUUAACAAUUCAGAUUUUACUGAGUAUAGACUAUUGGUCUCUGUGAAACUGAUUGGACAACAGUUAUCAGUCCUAUUAUUCUUUUGUACAAAUUAGUUCAAAGUCAACAAGAUAAUUUAUUCAGUUGAUAUUUAUUUAUAGACCAAAACAUUUCUUUAAUGUUUUUAGGUUUCCCACUUAUAACAUUAAUGGUAACAAUUUUUCUGCACCAGAUGUGCAUUUCAACAAUAAAUGUCUCUUCAGUGAUGCUCGAGGCCAAAGUACUUAUGUUAUUACUAUAUAAAAAAGAAUAAAAACCAAUCUUAUUUCAAUUAUAAUAUGACUUUUCUAACACAUGUAUAUUGAGGAAAAGUUAAAAUUUGCCAAACCUCUCACACAAUUUAUUUUGGUAAAACUUGAAAAACACAGAUUUUUGUUGUGUCUUAUGAAAAACAUGUUCUCCCCUUAAAUUUCAAAAACCAUCCUGAGAUAAAAGAAAUUUUCAUAUAUUAUCUUGUUGCUUAUAUUUAUAGCAUCACAGUGAACAAAAUUUUAUAAUAAAUUAUAGAGAAGUUACAUUUAAGAUAGGGUCAAGGUUGUAAAUUAAAAUGUCCUAAGUAGAACACUGAAAGUAUAUUAUAAUUAUUACUAAUGUCUGUUCUGUUUGUAAUGGUGUAAGUGGCACUCUGCAGUUUUAAUCCGACAUCUAAAACUUAGAGGUCUAAAACCUACAGGUUUUUAAGUGUGCCAAUAAAUGGAUUAAGACUACAUUGAAAUUCACUUCUUAUUUAUAACAUGGUCAGUUUAGAAAAUAUUACACUCAAUUGUGCCUCAGCUUAUACAAAGCAAAACGCCAUAACUGUUUGUUUUUUUAUUGGAGAGUUCCAUGACAAUGUCAUACCAUGUAAUAAUUAAUAUAUUCUAUUUCUAUCAAAAUUAUAAUUUCCACCUGUAACAAUCAUUACAUUUUACAUGUACUCCAGGAAUGAUUAGUUAUUGGUCUGGAGUUAUACUAUGUAAGUUUUUGAUGAUUCUAUCAAAAUUUGUAAUUCCCACUGAGCUUUGUCAAUUUUAAAUAACUUGUGGUGUAAAACUAAAUUCACAACCUCACCUGUAAUCUUGUUUCUUUUGUUAUUUAAACUGGACACACGUCCUGAUAAACCAUAAAUAAUGAUUAAGACAUUGUCAGGAAUUUAGGUUUUUUCUAAUAUGAUGUUAAUAUGACCAUUUAUUUUUUGAAAGCUGACCUGCAUUUGAAUGUACUGUUUGCCUUCUAAACAGAUAAAUAAACCAUCAAUAUAACAAGGUCUUAGUCCCAAAGGACAUUGUUAGCAUAUAGUUUUAAAAAAAAAUUGUCUGCUAGUCAUCUUUAUAUGCAAUUAGAUAUAGUUUGCUUCCUGAAACAAUUGAAGUAUAUCUUUGUAAUGAAGUGUUUGUAAUUCAUUUCUUUAAAAAGUGUCCAGGGACUGAACAAAAAAAUUAAAUCCUGCACAUAUAUUCCCCCCGAAGCAACUAAUAUGUUAGGUCAUAACCUGUAUUAUUAUUUGUAGACAGGCCCUUCCACCUGAAUGUUUGGUUAGACAAAUGGGAAUUCAGCCAGGUCUUUACAAUGUUUUAUUUGUUUCCUUAAACAAUUCUUUAUGGAACAAAUAUUCAUAGUUCAAAUGUUUUAUUCAUUUUUGAUCCCCGAAAAGUAAAAGUUUGAAAUAUGUGUAUUUCCUAUACUUCGAUUACACUUAUGCUUGUGGAUGUCUACACAUGUCAUUUAAGACCUACACAUUAUUGAAGUCCUGACUUAAUUGUUUUAUAGUAUCAACGGUACAAAAUAUUUUGGUUUUCUUCUCGUUAAAAUUUCAUUGCCAGAAUAAAAAUUUUGUUGUUUGUUUUUGCCUUCAUUUGAUUGUUUAGUUGUAAUAAAAAUCACUGAAAAUAAUAGCUGUGAAAUUACUGUGCCAAGGGAGAUCAUUCUAAUCUGUUGAACCAAAAAGUGACCAAUAAAUUGGAAAGGAAGUCAUUCACAUUAGAACCUCUAAAUAUCAUACAAAUAUUUAACAAAGUCUUAUUAAAAUCUUUGUUUUUGUAAAAGUUUGUCUUAGAGUUAGCAAUUCUAAAAACAUUGUUUCUAUUCAAUCAAUUGUAAUAUGACGUGCUGCUUUUGCUUUGUAAACAACAGCUGAAGGUUAUUCCAUUACUUGUAUGCUCCAUAUAUAUGAGGUUGCUACAAGCAGUUAGUAUAAAUUAGACUCUAUUGAACUUCAGAAAAUUUCUCUUUUUUUUGCCUUAUUAUCAGUAAACAAAGACAAGUUUAUUGAAGUUCAAUCAAACUACACUACUGGGUGUAUCGCUAUCAGUAGAAAAAACUUUUUAAAUGAAAAUUUCUGUAUUAACAAAAAACAUAGAAAUGAACUGUACCUGCAGCUUUCAUCUAAUUGUACAUAUCUAAUCAUAUUGAUACCAUAAAAUAGCAUGCAGUAAGAAAUUUUAAACACAAUUUUUCAGUUUAAAUCGGUGAAUUUUGUUCUUGUGUAAAUAAUUUUCGGACAAAAGGAUCAGAUCUAAAUUUGCAUAUAGUUUAUACAAACUAAGAGUUUACUGUUCAUCCAAGAUUAUUUUUGACUUAUGUAGGACACACAUGGAAUUUAGUGAAAACAGAUCUUAUUUUGUUAAAAUAUUAUUUAAAAAAUGUUAUAUUUUUAAGGAAAUGAUAUUUUAUUUGUUAAUAAUUCCAUUUCUAGUCAGAUUGUUGUAUAUUUAUAUGUAAAAAUUGUGAUCAUGUUGCCAUGACAAUAAAAAUACAUAUGAUAUUGUUUUAUUUUGUUAAAAGCCAUAUGUGGUAUUGCAAUUAUACAUGUUAUACAUUGUUUCAUUUAAAAAAAAAAAGUGU